AAAGGGUGAAGAGCAGCAAUGAGAGGAAGCUGCAUGAGAAAUCUUCUCCUGCAAGGACGCCCAGCUUUGUGGAAUCCCGCUACGAGAAGUAACAACUUGAGCAAGCCCAACAUUGCUUUUCCGCAUUUUAGAUUCUUCGCCUCUGGAGCUCGUGGAGAAAAUAGCAUGUUAAACACGACAGUCGAAGAACUCCUGAAACAGAAAGACAAGUCCUCGCUGAUUUGGUGCCAUCCUCAUGACAGUGCAUAUGACGCAGCCAAGAAGAUGACACAACAUGACGUUGGAGCUUUGGUGGUCGUCAAGCCUGGAGAGCGCAAGUUGAUUGCAGGAAUUAUAACAGAAAGAGACUAUAUGAGAAAGGUCGUUAUACAGGAAAGGUCCCCCAAAGCCACCAAGGUGGGAGAUAUCAUGACCGGCGAGAACAAGCUCAUAACCGUGGCUUCUGACACCAGCCUUCUUCAAGCAAUGCAACUGAUGACAGAAUACGGAAUCAGGCACGUGCCUGUCAUAGACGAGAAGAUGACGGCGAUUAUCUCCAUAAGAGAUGUCAUUCAAGCAAUAGUGGAGGAGCAAGAGAAAGAGCUAAAGCGCUUGAAUGAGUUCAUCCAACGAGGCUAUUAAAGCUCUUU